UUUCCUUGAGGAUUCUGGAGGAAACCUGUGGAGAGAGGUGUGAUUGUUUUGGGAUUUUACCAGGGAGAAUAGAUUUUGUUUGUUGAGAAGUUUUGGAAAAGGCCAAUGGGUGCCAAGUUUACCAUCUGCUGCUGUCGGUACUAUCUGAAACACAACAGGGAAGAGAAGAGUGCUAUUUUGCGUAUGCGCACCACCACCGCUUCCAGACAACUAGAGCCGUUAUCCAGUGAGUCCAGUGACAGUGACACAGAAGUGGAAAGCCUCUUUGGUCCUCAGCGUUCGAGAAGGAGCCCAGCAAACAACCAGCCGAGCCAGAGGAGCACUUUGGGUCCGUGGGCUAACACGGACAGGCCCUGUGAGUCUCCCAUCAGGCGGGGAUCGGACAGAGAGUUACAGGCUUUUAUCAGCAUGAGAGACCAGGCUGACAAGGCCACAGAGGAAUGGGAGAAGCUGAAUUAUGACAUACACACUUUACGCUAUGCCAAGCGAGAAGUCAGAUCUCGAUGGAAGAAAAUCCUGCUGCAGCAAGGUUAUCAGUGUGAGGUAGAUGCCUUGCUGUGUGUGAACAGACAGAGCCGCCGCUUCAGUCGAGAUCAGGAGCAUCUUAACAAAGCAACAGAACUGUUGAAACAGCUGCUGGACCACACCUCUCUGUUUCCCCCAGAAACCGAACACCAGGACAGAUACCUCUAUGUCAUGGACCGCCUGGUGUCACUGGACAGCGCUGAGGACUUUGUCAGACUGGCCAAAGAAAAAUAUCCCAAGAAGGUAGGCUGAGAGACAGUGACAGAGAGAAGAAGACGUAAAGAUGGAGAGCGAGAGAGAGAGACAGAGGGAGGGUAAACUUGUAAAUAGCUUGACCCAUUUUUACCACACUCUCACCUGCAUUCAUUAACUGGAGAGGUACAUUUAAUUCUUAUGCACAGUUGUUGCUUAGACUAUACAAUGGGAAAUACUACAUAUAAAUACUGUUUUUCAUUUAUUGAUUUUCUUUUAGAAACGCAGGUGAUCUUUGGAGGAUUGGCCUAUUAAUAAAUAAGAUCACAGGUGGAGACAGUUUUAGUUAUUCAGGUAUACAGUCACCCAAUUAAAAAAGGUCAAGAAACCCUGUGCAGGUACAAAGAUGUAUUCCCCUUUCUACAGUAUAUUUAAUAUGAGACAAUCCAUUUCACGUUCUUCCUUUAUCUCACUACAGACAUCUUUACCAUGUUUGUUGUUUACUGAUGAUUCUGAAGAUAACUGGUUUUGUCUUGCUC